AACCAAUCAGAGUAUGGGGCGAGGCGACACAUGCAUUUUUUCUUUUUUUUUGUGGUUACAAGCUUCUGUGUUGAGCUAACACUAACGUUAGUCGCAGGACAAGUUACUGACAAAAAGUUAGUGCUGAAGUGGUUAACACCAUUAACACCAAACAGUUUAACCGAACCUGAAUUUAGCAGAUCAGUUCCCAGCAGCAGGAGAAGAUGAGCUCCAUGAAACAAAAGGCGCAAAAGAGCCACCACCGCACCAGAGAUGAUUUAUUUAGUUCCCAGAUGUGUAUAUUCUAUAAUCUACCAAAAUUGCUUCCUCUGUUCUACGUGAACAUUGUGCUUUGUGUGGCAGCCUGUACUAAUGGAGAAUAUGAAGUUAAUGGAGAGUGUUGCCCGAUGUGUGAUCCAGGAAAGCGAGUUUAUAGACAUUGUGAUGAGUACACAAGCACAACAUGUGAUUCAUGCCCCGUGAUGACCUUCACUGACGCUCCUAAUGGAUUUACUGAAUGUCUGCACUGUUCUGUCUGUGAUCCAAGUAAUGGUCUGAGAGUAAAGCAGGUGUGUACAUUAAUAUCAGAUACAGUGUGUGAACCUCUGCCAGGUUAUUACUGUGUAGACUUGCUCUCCAACUGUAAAAAGGCCAUGAAACAUUCAUCCUGCUCACCUGGACAAUACAUCAACCAAAACGGAACAGAAUUCAGAGAUACAGUGUGUGAUGUCUGUCCUGGUGGUUCAUAUUCAGAUGGCACAUUCUGCAAAUUGCAUACAAACUGUGAAUCUCUUGACAAAUUAACAAUCAAGGAAGGAACCGAUACGACUGAUGCUGAGUGCAGUAAACAUUUGAAGGCCUGGGAUUGGAUAGAGCGCAUAGCCGUGGGAACAUAUUUUGUUUGGGGGGCGCUGAGGGCCGGGGCGGGGCUUGAAGUUGGGGAUUUUCAGACAAAAUCCUAAUAUUAAACAGCCCAAACUCUUAUAGAUUAGCAUACAAAUGAAUGAAGACAGAGUUAUAUAUAAUAUAUAUAUAUAUUUGUGCUUUUUGUGAUUUUAGUUCAAUAAUUUAUUUAGUAAAUCUAUUAUUUAAGGGGAUUUUACUAUAGAUUAACAUCAUAUGCCAAAGUUUUGGUCAGUGCACUUUGGCGAAUUCUCUUUGGCGAAACAACAAAGUGCAAAUGUGCAUGCGAUGUAAAUAAGAGAUUAAUUCAUCAUACACUGCAGACAGCUUCACUUAUAGCCUAACUGGAGCUUUCUUUAGAGUGCUCUAAAAAAGACUCACGUUAGACUGAAUUUGAUAAUGUUAUGUUCUUGGCUCGCUGUAGAAUUUGUUUGUUUUUUGAAUAAUCAUCAUGAACAUGAGGCUUAUAAUUAAACUUAAAAUGUAUUUUUAUUAAACGUGAUCAGAUUAAAUACAAAUUCAGUCCUAUUAAAAUAUUUUAUGACAUAAUAUGGUAGGCUACUUGCCUGAAACGUUAUGAUGUGCGUAUUUAAUAAUUACAUUAGGCUACAGUGGUUUGAGAGCGUUUGACCAGAGACUAGACCGCAAUUAAAGAGCUGUGCUUAUGUGAUUGUCGGUGGCCGUCUUGAGAAGCGAGAAAGCUUCGGAAGACAGCUCAUAAAAAGGAAAAAUACGUAAGUGGUUUUUACAAGUCGGAAUCUAAAAUUAAUUGCGUGAACACUUCACAUGAAAUUCUGUCACCGAUGCAGGAUGCGCGCAAGAAAAAAAAAGCAGCAUAUUUCUCAUCAGUUUAAUAUUUCACGAGUUCGCACUAACAUAUAAUAUGAUUAAGCAAUUAGUAAGCAUAUUUGUCAUGCUGUCCAAAGGGAGGGCUCCGAGCUCGGGAUAGAGCCCGAACCCAGAGAACUCCCCCCCCCCCUACCUUCCCCCUUCCCCUCCCCUCCCUGAGUUCAGUGACUGAGAAGCUGGGGAUGAGAUCUACUCGUUUGGUUGCCAGAGAACUUGACAAGUGGAAGUCUUUGUCUGAAAAAGAGCUGAAAUUAUUGCAUUACUCGCUGCGGCUUAUUAAUCCAUAUUGUACUGAUUCUUUUACUGAUUUAUAUUUAACUCCCAUAAUGGACAACUGUGGAGGAGGUUGUUUCUUAGAGGUUAACAGUUUGGUUGUGAUGGGUUCAGAUGUUACUUCUGCAAAAAAAAAAAAAAACUGAUACACCUUGGCGUGGUAUGCUUCAUGUGAAAGAGAGUGAAAAGUCUGAGUGGAGGAGAUGGCUCGAUACCAUAAUUUUGUCUUCGGUACGAUACCAGAAUGUAAUACCUCGGUAUCGAUACUAAAUCGACACCAUAGGUGACAAAUAAGCAGCCUCAAAAGAUACGUGAAUUGAAAACAAUUUUAUUAAAAUAAUAAUAAUAAUAAAAACAGAUUCAUAACUUAAUACCUUAAAACCUACAGGGAAAAUAGGUUACAUUUUGAUGUUGGAUAAAAAAAAAAAUAUAUAUAUAUAACUGAAAUAAUACAAUGAAAAUAUAUUCUGUAUGAGAAAUUUUCUAUUUAUCAUAUUUAGCAUACAUAUAUUUAAUAUAUGCAAAUUAUUCAUAUUUACUCAGAUAUAUAUUUCAUAUUCAUAUGUUCAAUAUUCUUUUAUACCACAAGUAACCAUAUAACAUCAUAUAACUGUUUGAGCACAGGGCCUAUGAGGCCUGCUUCUGCCUUUCUCUGCCUUGCACGGGAAUAUGUCACGAUAACCUGCUUGUUCUUGCUUGCUGAGGGAAAAACAGGAUAUCAGGAGACGUCGGGAAGACGCUACGUGAGGAUUGAAACAUAUCAAAUGUGUUUAUCAUGCUUGCUUAGCCAUAUAUAGUCAUAUUGGGAGACAGCUAGUGAAAACAUGGGGCAAAAGGGUAUAAAAGCAGAGAACCAUGUUCACUUAUUUUUGUCACUCAUAUUACAGGGCUCACUGCUGUAUUGUCUGACCUUCUCGCGAGAAUAAAAUCUCCAAAAGACUCUGUCUCUGACCGUGUUCUUUAUUAAAGAGAAAAUAUCUACAACAAUUUGGUGUCAAGAAGUGGGAAGUCUUGAGUGCUUCGUCUGGAUCUGACGGCGGACGGUGACUGAGAUCCUGGUCUCCAAAGCGAGUCCAGCCCUAUACCCCGCAGAAAAGAGCAUUACGGGACGAGGGACUGAACCACCCAGACCCGGACCUGCACCACUGACAUCGCAGAGGGAAAAGAUCCCACGUGCAGAAUUUUACUUUAAGAGACAGAUCAAAUUUUAUUAAAUUUUGGGGUAAAAUUAAUUGCAUGGGGAAUUCCUGAUUUCUCCUCCUCAGUGAAACCUCUCUGUUGUCCCAAGGGUAACUGGGUUACCCAAGACCCACCCAAAAGUGUUUUACUGGAGGCUCAGUGAACAUAGAGGUUCCGUCCCUGUGGGGGUUAGAGUCCCUCAUAACAUGUGUAUAGUUCACUGGAAGGGUCGCUCUCAGACAUGAAUGAGAGGGGAUUUGUUGACGAACAAAUAGCCUAAAAGAUAAGCGUCGCGCGGCGAGAGAGAAAGAGAGGGGGAAAUCAUGGGUUCCUGCAAUAGCAAAUCGGCUGCACGAGAAUAUACCAGUUCAAAUUAUGAUCAUAUGAUGAAGAAAUAUAGAGACAAAUGUGUUAGACGUCUCCCACAUUUGGUUUCUAAGUAUAACUUCCCACUUGAAGGGACUUUGAGUGUGAAUAAAUUGCAAAAAAAAUACAGGGGGUUCUUCAGAAACAAGUAAGCAAGACAAAACGUAAGAAAAAGCCUGCUUAAGUAUAAUAAUACAGUGAAUUGUUGGUUGGAAGAAGCAGAACGUAGGGAAAGGAAAUGACUGCAAAAAGAGAUGUCCCUGAGAGGGGGGAAAAAAAGGCAGAAUAUAGGGAUCAAGAUAGAACAGAUAACUCGCUUCUCUCUGGCUGUUGGCUUCAUCAGUUGGCUGUUGCUGAUGUGAUGCUGGUUUAGACAUUUCAUUAAUUUACUUUACACAUGAAUGUUCUGUUAAGAAACGAUAUAAGACCAGAUGUCCUUCAUGCUCUGAUAAACAGAGAUUGUACUGUCCUGUCAUUGUCUGAAGAUCGUCCACUGACACACAUUGCAUGAAACCGCAAACACAUUUUGGCAAAAGUUCAAAAGGUGAAGCUAAUUGUGAACUGAGCUUGGACAGACAGUGUUUAAUGUAAAUUAAGUCAUAUGACUGUUAUUUCAUAUCACAGUACCUUCAAUUUAUUUCAACCCUCUUCAGCUAUUAUAGCACAAGUACUGAUUUGUAUAUGCAGUGUUUUAAUUCUAAUGUUUGGCAAAUAAGCCAUUCAUGACUUUUGUUAACCAAUUUGACUUGGAAAAAUUAAAUAAUAGUAAUAAAAAAUAAACCACCGGAUGUUACAAAAAU